AUGCUAGCAAUCAAUGCUCACUGGAUGUCCUCUGCUUUACAGCAAUAUCGAGCUCGUAUUGAGUUCGUUGAAAUCGAAGGCAGCCACUCUGGAGAGAACCUUGCUAAUAUCGUUGCGACGGUUCUCGAGAGGUUUCAAAUAUCUGAUAAAGUUAUGACAAUUACAGCUGACAACGCAUCGAAUAACGAUACCCUACACCGAUAUCUCUACCAAAGGUUGUCUCAGCGGUACGAUGAGUACCUGGCCGAGACCAUCAUCCGAGAAGGGACGAUAAAGUUUACCCCUAACUCCCAAAUCCGCUGCUUUGCUCACAUCUUGAACUUGGUUAUGAAAACUAUCUUGAGGUCUUUACGCGCUAGUUCGCAUAAGGAAGCCUGUGAUCUCCUUGACGAUGUUGCCAAGAGGAGCUGGAAGACGGUUAACGCUCCUUCUUCGCCUAUUGCAAAGCUUCGAAUACUUGUGCUUUGGAUUGCGCAAUCUCCUCAGCGGAUACAGAAGUGGGAUAAUCGACCGGGCUGUACAAAAGCUAUCAAUUUCGAUGUUGAUACUCGUUGGAACUCUACCUUUGUUAUGAUUGUGAGAGCUGAAGAGUUUCGCCGUCAGCUCGAAGAUACAGUUAACGAUGACCCAGAUAUCAAGGCCUUACGUCUCACACCCAACGACUGGAGACAGCUCUCGGAUAUUAAAAAAUCCUGGCUCCCUUCAACGAAUAUACCGAAGCUCUGUUCUAUACUCCUCGCUAUCAAGGAGCGACGCGGCGAGUGGCAGACGGUCUUCCCAGCAAUCACUGGACCUAUUUCCGAUGGAAUAUCGCUCCUGGAGAAGUAUCACGACUGCGUCAAAGACAACGGCAUAUACUAUAUCGCAAGCGUUCUAGACCCUCGAAUCAAGACCAAGUGGCUCAAAACGCUACCAGAUGGAGAGAAGAAUAUUGACCGAAUCCGGGAGUUCCUGAAGAAAGCAUAUUCCACUCCAAAACAGCCUGUAUCGACUACUCCAAGCACCAAUUGGAAGAACUUCUAA